GUCCUGUUGGUCAGCGAAUGCUGGUCUCGCGGCUGUCUAUGCUGACCAUGCUGUCGUCGAACUCACAGAGAUCCACCUGCUUUUGACUCUUAAUGCUAGAAUUAAAGGCGUGAACCAUUGUGCCGGGCUACAGACCUUAAAACCAGCUUUUAGGAGUACUUUUAAUACAAAAGCUAAGUGAAGAGUUGUUAAUUCCCUUUCAGCCUCUUAGACAUGUGCUAUGUGUUUAUAAUUGCAGUAAACUUGUAAAGUUGUAUGUUCUUCUAAUACCUCCACCCACACACUGAAAUGAACGUAUUAAAGAAAGCAAAACCAAAAUUAUGUCAAAGAUAUUUAAGGAAAACUGUGGACUAAACUUUGGAUAAAAUGUUGCUUUUUGUGUCCUCAGCAGCUAUUAUCAGCUUGAAUUUUCUAUUUCUGUUUGAAUUUUAUUUGGACAUCAUGAAGCAGGAUGUUUGCCACUUCAAUUAAUAAAGGAAUUCUAAGGGAUUGGGAAGUUCAGCCACUGAAUAAAUUGCAGAAACUCGGUUUUAGAUCUCUGUAGCAGAGAAGUGAAUAUAGCAAGAUGUAUAUCCAUGUAAAUUAACUCAGAUUGCAUUUUCUUCCUUAAAAACUAUACACAUACUUUAUAUUUAGUAUCUUUAUGAGAGCACUUAAAGUAGGUUUUUAUUUUUGCCACUACAACUGAGAUUGAAUAUUUCAGUGCUUAUUCAUGAUUUUACAACUUUCACUUAGCAGUUAUUGUUUUGUGAUAUACUAGAAUAUGUUUCUGAGGUACAAAGAUAAUCUAGUCACCAUACUAAAGGUGAUAUUAAUUAAUUAACUAAAAGUGAUUUUAAUUAAUAAGAAACAAUAGCACUUUAAUAUAUGAACAUUAGAGAGUUUUUGUUUUGAUGGUUAGAUUAUGAGAGAUGAGCUGGACUUCGGAGUAACUGUAUUUUACUUUUUUGGGAUGAUGAGGACAGUCGUGUGUGCUGAGGAAUUUGGAUGCUACAAUAGUGAUAUGGGAGUCUCACACCAGAUAUGAGCAGGAGAAAGACAUGACUCACUUUGAGUUUAAACCACUCUGCCUCCUGCACAAAGAAUUUAUGGUGUAGAUAUGGUAUAGCCAGUGAAGUGGAAGAAAACCCAAUUAGGCAGUGUCAGUUAUGCAGGGAAGAGGUGAUAACUGAUUUCCAUUAGUGGUAGAAGGGACAAUGGGAGUAGGUGGGUAGAAAAGAAUAGCAAUCUAAUGCCAAUAACAACAAAGCUUAGCAUUUAUUAUUUUCUCUGCCUGGUGACAUCUUAGGUAUUUAAUUAUCACAAAGCUUUAUGAUAUCAGUGCUUUAUACCUUAUCUCUACAUCUGGAGAUACUGUAUUUCAGAAGGUUUACGUCAUUUUCCUGAGGUCAGAUAGCUCAUAAGUGUUGGAGGUGACAUUUAAAUAGUUGUUUUUCAGACUUGAGAUAAAAAACAAGAGUUAAAAGGUCUUGGAGGUCAGUUCAACCACAGAGUCAGUGAGUUCAGGAAGCUUAACUUUCUGUAACUCCCAUCUGUUCUGGGCAAGAGGAGAGGAGAUUCACAUUUAAGCCCUGAGUUCAAGUCUGGAUAUAUUCAUGAGGAUUUUGGGAUGAGACUGUCUUGGCCUGCUUCUAACUGUCGUCUUGGGCUUUGCUCCUCUGUUCCUUUCCAAAAAGGAGCAGAAGGUGGGUUUGGUUUUGUUUCUUUCUAUUCUCUUUUCCAGCCACACUGGGCUUUCACCAAAUGCACAGACUUGUUUCCCUACUCCUCACAUUUGUACUGAAUGGCUGAUCCCCACGAUUAGCAGCUCCCGCACGCCCUGUAUUUUUCUAAAGCCAUUUCUUGGCCCUCAAAAUCCAUUAAAAGUGCUCCAUAAAUUUUCUCUCAGGUACUAGGCAGUGUCUGCCUUUUGCUUUAGAUGAAGUAUGUCUCAUUGAAGAAUAUCUUUCCUUUACUCUAUGGUAGUUUAUUACCCUGAACCUCCUUUAAUGGGUCAAGGAAAGUUUUGAAAUUUUGCAGGUUGUCCAACUGUUUGUUGUUAUUAUUUCUUCUGAAUCGUGCAUUAUUUACAGUCUAUGUGUAGUCUAUGAUAACUUUUUUGUGUGUUUUGUUUUGUUUUACUUUUUUUAGAUACUAUCUGCCUGUAUAGCUCUGGGUGUCUUGGAACAUGCCCGGGAUCUGCCUGCCUCUGCCUGGAAUUAAAGGAUAAGCCCCUGUGUAGGGCAGAGGUGACUUCAGCGAAUCUAACUUUGUUGCUGUCUAUGUCAUGUAAUCGCCUGAGUGUGUAAGAGGAAGAGACUUGCACCGUGUUCUGAUGGCAUUGUUCCUGAGUAAGUCCAGGAGAGCCUCAUAGCGAGAACUCUGGCUGCUUUAUGUGCGACACAACCUCCAAGGCAUAAGGAAGACCUUCAGUGUCUGGAUUUGGAGUCUUGUCAGUAGCAAGCAGAGGUAAUAAGCACGGACGGCAAUGUUUUGACAGCAUUUGAAGAUUUUCUACUCACUGUUUAUGGUUUUCUGUAAGAGGAUUUUCCACAGAAGUAAUGUCUUUGGUCCCAGUAGCACCUUAUACAUACACACCCCUGAAUCUACUUAAGGAUGGCACAGUUGUCAAUGUCUGUGGCGUUGUGAAGUUCUUUAAGCCUCCCUACUUAAGCAAAGGAACUGAUAAACUCCAGAAUCUACACACCAUUACCAAGCACUGGACAAAAAACAAACCAAACAAAACAAAACAAAAAAGGCAAGGAGAAUCAAAUGAUUAUUGUUCAGUUGUAACAAUUGUGGACCAGACAGAUGUGAAGUUAACGUGCAUGCUCUUUAGUAGGAACUAUGAAGACCUUCCAGUCAUUUAUAAAGUUGGAGACAUUGUUUGUUUCCGUGGGCUGAAGAUCCAAGUAUAUAAAAACGAACUUCAGGGAAUCAGCAACUAUGGUUUUGCAUCUUUGACAUUUGAUGGUACUUUAAUGUCUCCUGUGACACUGCGCACUUCAGGCAAAAACUUUAACAUCACUGCUCUGGACCACAAUAUGGUAGAAGCCUUGCGGGCUUGGGCAUCCACACAUGUGCCACCUUCUCCCACUUUACUGCCACUCUCUGACGUCCACCCCAUGCAGUACUGUGACCUGACCUGUCAGCUCCUGGGCAAAGCAGAAGUGGAUGGGACGUCUUUUCUUCUGAAGGUAUGGGAUGGCACCAGGACGAAGUUUCCCUCUUGGAGAGUCUGCAUCCAAGACCUUGUGUUCGAAGGUGACUUAAGUCACAUUCUGCAGCUACAGAAUCUGGUGAUAGACAUUGUAGUUUAUGAUAAUCAUGUCCAAAUGGCAAAAUCCCUGAAGAUUGGAAGCUUUCUUAGAAUCUAUAGCCUCCAUACCAAACUUCAGCCAGUUAAUUCAGAGUCCAUGACUUCACUGAUAAGGUUGGAGUUUCAUCUUCAUGGAGGGACCAGCUAUGGUCGGGGGAUCAGAGUCUUACCAGAAAGUAACCCUGAUGUAGAUCAGCUGAAAAGAGCUUUAGAAUCUGUAGAUUUGGCAGCCAUUCAGCCCUCAAAUGACACCUGUCAAUCAGAAGAUGAAGACGAUGAAGAUGAAGACUGUUUAACACCUUCAAACUCUGGCUCAGACGUGGUUUCACUGUAUGCGGUAGAAAGAUGUCAGCAAUUCUGUGCUACAAAACUUAUAGAUCACCACUAUUUAGAGAAGACACCACUGCAUGCCAUUUUGAAGCAAAGAGCUCCUCAACAAUAUCGAAUCCUAGCAAAACUGAGAUCAUAUGAGCCCAGAAGACUUUUCCAGUCUGUUAAACUUCUUUGUCCUAAAUGUCAUUCAUUGCAAGAUGUUCCAUGUGAGGAAAAUGUGGAUAAAAUUUUUCAAGAUGCUGCAACUAAAUCUCCAGAGAGCAAACUCCAAGGUACGUCACUGUAUGACUCCGAGGUCUGGACCACCCAAGGUCAAGGAGGACGUCAUGUCGCCGUCCAUUUUGUGAAAACCGACGGCGUCCUCCCUCCCUCAGAGGAGUGUCUGAUCUUGAUAGAAGGAGGACGGCUCUGUGAAAUCUCUAAACUGUCAAGCAUGUUUCGCGGCGUGAUCCCGGUGAGGUCCGGCCCUGAGGACCUGGAGCUCCUAGACCUUUCGGCACCAUUCCUCAUACGAGGAAAGGUGUGUCACUAUGGAUGUAAACAGUGCUCAAACUUGAAAUCCAUACAAAACCUAAGUACCAUUCCUAAUAAAAGACUGUGGAUUCCUUCUUCUGUGGCAGAAGUUUUGGGCAUUGUUCCUCUGCAGUAUGUGUUUGUUAUGACUUUCAGUUUUGAUGAUGGAACAGGAGUAUUGGACGCUUACCUUAAGGAUUCUGAGAAAUUUUUCCAGAUCCCAGCAUCCAAAGUCCUCACUGAUGACAGCCUUCAGGGGACUCUGGAAAAGGUCAUGAAUGUGAUUUGUCCUCCAGGAAUAAAAAUUGAUGCAUACCCGUGGCUGGAGUGCCUCAUCAAGUCCUACAACGUCACAAGCGGAACAGAGCAGCGAAUAUGUUACCAGAUAUUUGACACCACGGUUGCAGAAGACACCAUCUAGUACGACUCUUCGGUGCCGUGCACAGGGGAUUUUACAAUCAAAACACACCUUGCUGUUGUUAAAGCACCUUCAGAUUUUCACUACAGUUUAAGUUCUUUGUACAGAAAGACAUUUCUUGUGAAUAUGCUACAGCACCUGCUGCUCAGCGUGUCUAGGGUUACUACUACAAUUACAAAACAGGACCACACUGUGUGUGGAGGACCAAAUGUUCAUUCUUCUUUCUGUUCCUUCAGGAGAGCUGUUAAAACUGGUGGAGCCUGAGGGUCAUCCUCCCCGCUCCCUGUGAGACUCUUGUUUCUAUGCUGCCACCCACGUCCCCUCGUUGGGUUUCUUUUUCUGUCCUGAGUUUUACACCAGCAGUUGAUGUUAAUAUGGGUAUAGAUGAGAUAUUCUUGAGCUCUUGCUUUCAUUGAUAAAACAGUGGUGGCUACUUUUCUUUCAACUGUUCCAUUUUCCUUUAUUUAUGUACAGAGGAAGUGCUUAGCCAGUCCUGGGGAAGGAAGCCUUCCUGUUCCUUCACACACAUGUGUUUGCUUGAGAUCAACUUGAAAAAUGUUUGUCUGAGUGAGCUACAAUGUACUAAAGACAGUAUUUGAUUUAAGGAAGAGUGGCAGAAUUGUUUUAUUUGGUGCUUAAGUUGCCCAUUUUAGGAUGAGUCUAUCACUUUAAACCAGAUGUAUUUGAUUUCCACCUCUCUGUAAAUAUUCCAUCCUAUAUCAGCUAAGAGGUGAUUAAGUUUAGGAUUUUUCUUAGCUGAAAAAGUAUUAUAUUUUUAAUAGCCUUAUGUAAAAAUAUUCCUACAUUGCAAUAGAAUGCGCUUUUUAACUUAAUGGUGUUUAUUAAGUUUAAAAUCAAGAGUAGUCAAUUACUUUUGCACAAACAUGUACAUAUAUGUAUAUAUGCAUUUGUGUAUUUGCUAAAAAUAGAGGGAUAACACAUCUGUGUGGCUUAAAAUAAUGAAAUAAAUGCAUGUAUUUCUACAACUUCAA